CUUACAUCUACCGAUAUCUGCCCGGGCUUGACCGCUGAUCUCGGCAAUCUGCAGCAAUCACACACGGCUUUGAUAAGACCGGGAUUCUCCACUCACUAUCUCUCCGUCCCCAUUAUCCAUCUGUACAGUAGAGUCUCCGCUCUCAUGGUAACUGAGCCUCGCGUCCGGUGUUAUUCAGUAACGUUGCACAAAUUUCGUCAUGUGGACUUAGUUGCAUGUACAUACGGCAGGUGCUGAUCAGCCGUCAUAGUUAUAAGCUUACAAUGGUGGACUCAUCGGCACGGUAAAAAAACAACUCUGAGUCGAAAUCUCACUACGCCAGUUGAAGUCAAGCACGACAUCAGGAUGCGCAGUGGACAGUAUAGAGUGCCCAUUGCACUCGCCCCUCUGUUUUUGCCUGCUAUCGCGCAAGAGUUCAGCCAGUGGUGUGGGAAGUACUAUCAAGUGGGAUCGCCGCAGGACCAGAGUCGACCUGCAGGAUCGUUGUUCCCAGAUCCGGAGAUUUCGCAGCAGCCUUUGCUCGACUUUCAAUGCGUGACGGCCAGUUCGUUGUACAUCGAGAACGAUGUGGGGGAUCCGCCCAAGAUUCUGGUCGAUACAAAUAUCACGCAUGACAUCGGACGACCGUACUACGGCAACGGCAGCGGGACCCUUGAAGUCGAGGUUUACGUCGAUGGCGAGUCUUUCCUGACGGGUGGCGUCGUCGAAGUUAACACGAUGGGAACUCUCCUCCCAUUCAGCACUGCCAACUUGACAGCCUCGAACAUACCGUACAAUCUCAGUUGCAAGGCGUCACUUAGCGGCCAAGUAUUCUGGACCAACGGCAGCAAACUGGCAUAUCUCCCGCCAAAUCCGUACGACGGCAAUACAGUCAAGGUGGAUCGCACAAGUGGCGCGCUCCUUGUGCAAAACGAGACAGGAAAUGGGCAGUGGGAGAAGAUCAUCCCCUUUGGAUGGUACGAUAGCUACAACAGCUCAUCGACGACGGCCUACGGCUCGCAGUCCAGCAAUGAUCGUCGUAACGACACCCUUACGCGACUGCACAUGGCGAAAGACCGUGGCUUCAACUUUGUCCAUAUUGUGCCGCCUGGUGGAUUUGAUCCCUAUACCUUCUCAGACGAGGCCACAGUGCAGUUCGAAGAGUACCUCGCCACGGCCGAGAGCCUCGGCUUGUACAUUAUGUACGACAUGCGUAAUAGCUUCUUAAACUUGUCCUCAGUCGAGUACCAAAUCAAUUACCUUAAAUCCCACCCCAACAUCCUCCUCUGGUACACAGCCGAUGAGCCCGACGGCCAACAAAACCCCCUCAACGCCACCCAGCAAGCCUAUACCUUGAUCAACACCCUCGACGGCUACCACCCCGUCUCUCUCGUUCUCAACUGCGAAAACUAUUACUACGCCGAGUACGGCCUCGACGGCGCCGAUAUCAUCCUAGUCGAUCCGUACCCCAUCGCCCUUAACGGUGGCUGGUCGAAACGGUACAACACACACGUUGACGAGGACUACGGCUGUUCCGGGUGCGACAAUUGCCGAGGUACAUUCUACGAUCAAAUUGAACGGAUGGACUCCAGUCGGAACCGAGCUAGGCUGGCGGGGCAUUACAGGACGAAACCUACUUGGAUAGUACCGCAGGCGUUUGACGAUGGGCAGCAGGAGUUUUGGUAUCGGGUGCCGACGGGAGAUGAGGAGGCGGUGCAGACGGUGUUGGCUUGGAACCAUGGAGCGGCUGGGCAUUGUGCGUGGAAUAGCCAGUAUGCUACGCUGGAUUUGCUGAACAAUGCAUCCUUCAUCGCUAAUCACCUCUACGCCCAAUCGCGCUUCCUGAUCGACGCCGCCGACUCCCGCCAGCAGAUCUUCUCCAACCUGUCGUACGGCCUCAUUAAUGGGUAUGACCUUGCCUCAUGGACCAUCCCCGAUUCGGACGGCGGGGUGUCUACCGAGACUCUCAUCUUUGCUGUCAACUUCAACUACCAGGCCACGGGAGUCUACGGCACCUUCAUCUUGCCUAAUGUCACGGGCACCGUCAGCGAAGUGCUGUUUGGUAAUGUGACGGUGCUCGAUGAUGGGACACCGCUGUUUUCUAUGCCAAGGACCAGUGUGGCUGGUGUUAUACUCAAGAGUUAAGGAGUGCAGAGCACACUAGUUUAUUGGAGGAAAGGGUGUGCUUUUUUACGUUUAUGUCAUGCUCUAAUUCCAGAUUAAGGACCCCGAGGUCCUGAAAAGCCUUUACUACGGGGGAUUAAUAAUAUUUACGCAGGAUCACACAUCUCCAAGCAACACUGACCUUGUACCUAUAAGAAGUUAAUUCGAAGUCGACUUGGACAAAUAAACUCUACAGAUUAAUAAC